AUGGACGGAUUAAUAAGUGUCGGAUGUAACGCAGAACAAAGAUCUCUCUCCUCCGGGCUGCAACUUCUACCAAAAGAUGAAAACGAGGUGACGCACGCUGCAGACGGUGGGGGCGCCAAUUAUAUGUCACCCCUUAUCCCUUUAAACAUCCGAUUGGCGGAUUGGGGAAAGGACGUCACCGGAAGCACCGCCAUUUUGGCAGAAAUGAACAUCGAUUUAGAUUCAGACAGCCCGGCCGCUGAAAAGCGAUUCAAGAAACGGGAGCCGAUUAAAACAUCCACGUCUACAGAAAACACAGAACCGGUCGCACCCACAGUCCCAACGACCAUAACGGUGACCGACACAGAUGCCGAGAUACCCCAAGAGAGAGCGGUGGAGGAGGAGGAGGCGGUGGUGGUGGAAGCCAAGAAGGAAGACAACGUAGAGGAAGGAGGAGAAGCACAAAAAGAAAAGGAAGAUGAAGCUCAGAAGGUUGAUACGGAAAUCAGUGACGUAAAAGACACAAAGGAAGAGAACGUUCUAGAGGAAAACAACGAAGGGAUCCCGCUGCCGCCUGCCAAGCCCGAAGCUACCCCAAAGAAAGCCCCCAAAUUCAAACAGAGACAAUCAAAACAAUUCAAAAGCAAACCACCCAAGAGAGGAGUAUUAGGGUUUGGAGAUGAUAUUCCUGGGAUGGAAGGACUCGGCACCGAUAUAACCGUGAUUUGUCCUUGGGAGGCAUUCAGUCACUUGGAGCUGCACGAAUUAGCUCAGUUUGGAAUCAUCUGA